UGGUUCAAGAGUGACCAGCGGCCAGCGACCACAAAAUUGCGCCAACACGCGGACAACAUGCUUCUCGAAACGAAAACAUUCGCGAGAAUCGUGUUACUCGUCGGCUUCAUCACUCUAAUUCGCUCCGCAACAACUUCUGCGACACAUAAACUAAAUGUGCCCCGAGUUUUGUUACCCGUCUUCAACAACUUUGCGGUAAAUUUCACUCUGGAGGUGACCGAUGGUGGUUGCUAUAAAUGGUCAACCUCACGUCUGGAUGUUAUACAACUGAUUCCCAUAAAUGAGAAUUUUGACAGAACAUGUUCAUCAGCGGUGCUGAUUCAAACCAUAACGAGAGAGUUAACGAGGAAUACCGUGAUUGUUUUGGCAGAAGAUGUCAGUACCCGUCACUUUCUAAGAUGCGAUGUUAUAGUGGAUGCAAUUUUUUCCUUAAAUCUCACUACUACCACCAAAGAAUUAUACAUUGAAGAUAUACCUGAAGCAUUCGAGGUACGAGCUUAUGAUGAACAGGGAAAUGAAUUUACAACUCUAGCUGGUAUAGAAUUUCUAUGGGCUAUUGGUGAUGCUGACAAACGUAUAUUAUCUGAUAACAAAUCAAGUAAUGUGCUACGCUUUAUGACAUAUGAAGAGUCGCAAUAUGAAAGACCCGCUAGUGUAGCUGCAUUAGAUAGUAUCGGCAAGAGGGGUCAUAUUGUUCUGAUAGAAGGUGUUAGGACUGGUACUGCCAAAGUAUCUGUUAAAUUGCCACAUUCUGAAUACAAGCACGUUCCUUCUAUAGAACUUGAACUAAUUGUCAUUGCUAAUUUAAUCAUUAUUCCGUCGGAAAUAACGAUAAUGACUUAUGACACCUUUAAAUACAAAAUAAUGCAUACUCGUCAAGGACGUUUGGAGGAAAUUAGUCUGCCCUCGAACCAGUAUUACCUGGAAGCCGAGAAUUUCGAUAUAUUGGAGAUUGAUAGCGAUCGUGAUUUCGCUUAUGGUGUUAAUACUGGUCGUACGAAGGUAUACUUACAUGAUAAGAAUGUUCGCGAGGAAUAUCCCGUCAUUCUACCUUCCGCUACAGUUAACGUACAAGAGGUGGCUUAUAUUUCUCUUUCUGUUCUGCCAAACAGAAACUGGGGAUUAGUAUUAGGUCACACUCACGAAAUUAUUGUUGAUCUAUAUGAUAACAAAGAUCACAAAUUUCAUAUUGGGAAGGGUGUGGAAGUUUCCAUCAAAAUUGACGAGCAGUAUUUGGAACCAAAAUCGAUCACGCAAAAUGGCACUUAUGCCGUCGUAGUACCAAUCACUUGCGGAAUAACGAUCGUGGAAGCGACGUUGCGAGGUAUAAUCGACAAACGUGGGAAGAGGAUCGAGUUCGUACUGCAACCAUCUACUAAAACCGAACUCACGAUACAUACACCGGUUGUAAUUCAACCUCGAGUCUUAGCUGUUCCAUGGGACGUCGUUAACAAAUCCAGGUUUGAUAUAAUGUUAAGAGCGAAUGGAGGAGAUGGCUCAUAUGUCUGGUCCAGCAGACAACCAUCAAUAGUUACUGUCUCACAAAACGGCGGUAUUAGAAUACUAUCGGCGGGUACAGCGGAAGUGGCUGUCGCGAUGGCGAGGAAUCAAUACAAUAGGGACACAGCAAAGAUAUAUGUAUUAUCUCCUUCGAGAUUGAAAAUUAUCGAAUAUAACAUGGAAGCGGCUAUAGGAGAGCCGAUUCACCUGCAUGUCGCGUUAUUCGGGAAACUGAUCAACGGGACCGAUGUUAAAGAAAUACCCUUCAGCGAUUGCAAGGAUGUCAAUUUCGAGAUUUAUAUUCCGGAUGAGAAUUUUGUACGGACAUACGAUAAAAACGUGCAGCCAAUUGGUGCUGCGUGUGCCGUGAUAACUGUUGUCAAUUAUCGCUGUAUCGGGACGUCUGACGUGACCGUGGCCUACAAUAUGAACGACAAUAAUGCGAUCGAUCGUUUAUUGAUGGAUAAUGUUACUAUAUCAGCAUAUGAGCCUCUCGUAGCGAUACAUCCGGACAGUAAGGAAACUCUACUGUCCGUGGGAUCCUCGAGGAACGUGGUGUUUAAAGGCGGACCGCUCCCAUGGACGAAUAAAUCUCAAGAUUAUUCGCGGGAGAUACAUCUCUCAAAUGAGCAGAUUGUCGAAGUAGCGGAGUACGAGGAUUCGUUAAACGAGCCAUUCGAUAGAGCUGUCUUCAAGGUAAUUUGCAAGGCAUUGGGCGAAACGACGCUGACAUAUACGGUAUCGAAUGUGCCUUUGCUUGCAAACUGUCGACGUACUCACGCGUCGGGAACAAUCGUAAUUGUUUGCGGCAAGCCUAGAUACAUCUAUUUGCGGCCGACAUUCAUGGACAAUGAAAACUGUCCGAUUAGCCAAAGUACAGAUAAGAUAAUCGCACACAGUGACAAACUCCUAACAAUCUCCGUAAUCGUCAAGGACGAGGACGGCAAGCAAUUUGACAAUAUCACGAGCUUGAACGUCGAGUGGAACCUGAAGCCAUCUGGUAGUGGCCUCGUGGAAUAUCCCUCCGGCACGAUAGAGGAGAUUUGGACGGAUGCGAAUGUGGUUUUGCCAAAGGCUCACUAUCAGAAUAUCAUCUUCAAGAAGCAUCACGGUACUCUUACGAUAUUCGCAACUGUCACUGGUUAUCAAAAAUUCGUUCUUAAUAGAUUCAAGAUCACACCGGAAUGGCCACCGUUUUCCAUUGAAAACGAGAGAGGUGGGGUGGAGACUCCGCUGAUAGAGGCUUCUAUAGAGACAGUUCUGGUGAAUGACACUAUCGUUAGCCCCAACAAAUUGAUGAUUCUGAAUGAUUCAAGCAUGAAAUCGUACUUGCAAGUCAGCCAAGGCUCUGGUUAUUAUGAAUUCGUCCUCAGUUCAAAGGAAAUAGCGGAUGUCCGGUACAUGGACGCGACAAGAACGAUUAGCGUGACGCCGAGGAGACCAGGCGUGCUUCACAUGACGUUGGUAGACCUCUGCCUACCCUCGAAAACGGCGGAGGUGUACUUGGAGGUGCAACAACUUGCGACGAUUGAAGUCGAAAUCGUCAAUAAGAUCGAGAAGGGAAAGUGCGUGACAGCCACACUGAGGCUGUACGAUACCAACGACCACGUCGUGAGGCUGCCGUCUCUUGACGCGCUAGAUUUUCGCGUAGAGCUCGACAACGAGUACAUCUUGGUCGAGCAGUUGCCCGUCAACGAACAGGUUACUGCGCCUUACGAGCAAAUAUUCUACAAAAUUCAUGGUGUAUCAGAGGGCGAGAGUCAGCUGACCUUCGUGAAGAAAGGCGAUCGCGAAAUACGAAGCGAAACAAUCACCGUGCAGGUGUUUCUGCCGCUUCGAAUACAACCGAGAAAUCUGACGAUAUUAAUCGGCACCAUUUAUCAGCUGCAGACCAUCGGCGGUCCGCCAAACGCCGAGAUUGAAUAUUCGACGGAAAGCGGCGAUAUUCUACGCGUCGAUCCUCACAACGGGAUCCUCGAGGGGAAGUCGGCGGGUCGGACGCGGAUUCGCGUCCGCGCCAUCGGACUUGACGCCAAGGGCAACGUGGUAGUCUAUUCGGAGGCUCGCGCCGACAUACAUGUACUACAUCUCGAGGGAGUGAAGAUCUCAACUCCUGUGAACCGAGUGAAAGUGGGAGCGAUGUUUCCCAUUUGGGCGUUUGGUAUUCCCGAUUAUUUGACGCCGCUCAUCAUCGGUUCUAUGCAUCUGCCGUUGAGCUUCGCCUGGUCGUCGAGCGAUCCUAGUCUGCUUACUUUACACAACAUGUACGAAGGAACCGGCAUCAACGUCCGAUAUCAGAAUCAAGUGUCCCUGAGGGCACGUGCCGUGAAUCCGGGCGUGGCGACGAUCCACCUGAAUGUCACCGUACCGUGCAACGUACUUUCCAGCAAGAGCGACAUCACUUACACCACGUUUGUAAAGAUCGAGAUCUUUGAGGAAUUGCGCUUGAUUGACCCAGCAACGGCGAGCUCGCCGAUAUUAAUGUCGCCGAAUUCCGCCCUGCGACUGCAAACGAAUCGGGACAAACAUGGUACGACAACUUACGAGAUUCUGUCAAGUACCCAUGAUGAUAGAUUCACGGAAAAUGUCGCAUCACGCGCCUUAACGUCCACCUCCAAGUCCACCGUGACCGUGGACAAAAAUGGAGUCGUGAGAUCCGGCGAGAAUCUCGGUCGAGAUACGAUCGUCACCGUUACGAAUACGGAAGCGUACAGCUUGAGACAGUCGUUGACGGUUCUCGUCGAGGUCAAGCCUAUUCACUACAUGAUGCUCUCUUUGAAGUCCAAGCUGCGUAUACGGAACGGCGAGGAGCUGAAUAUGUUACCGAAGGGAAUGAAACUGGAGUACAUCGUCGAGUACUACGAUAAUGUAGGGAAUAGAUUUCACGCCGCCGAGGUCAAUGUCAAGGCUACGCUGAAUCGCGCCGAUUUAGCAUCGUUCUCCACGUCGAGCGACAGCAUCAUCACCGCGAAUUUCCUGGAGAAUGGCGAGCUGAUUGUAAAAGUCUUUAACGAGAAAUAUCCUAACGGAAUGUUCGAUUACGUUCACAUGAUGAUCGGCGACGUCGUGUUCCCGACAAGGACGACUUUGACCGUUGGCGAUGUAGUAUGCUUUUCUAUGCCGCUUCUCUCGGCCGACGGGGAUCCGGGAUAUUGGCAGUCAUCCGCGCCUGAAGUAUUAUUGGUGGAUCCUAUCACUGGUAUAGGUCGUGCGCGAAAUGUCGGUCAGGCCAUUAUAAAGCACAGCCUCGCAACGCACGUGCAGAGUGAGAUAGAAGUCAAUAUUUUACCAAUUUCACGGGUAUCUAUCGUUCCUCUGAGAGGAAGGAAUAUCACUGGUACAGAAGUUUUUAGCGUACCGCUCGUGUUGAAGAACAAAGAUGAGGAGAUCAAGGAGAAUAAUGUGUUGGCGAGAGGUCUAGGUGGUUGCCGUACAUUAUCAUCAUUCGCGUUGAACGCGUUUCCCUAUACAUGCAACGUGCAAUUUGUCUCGUCUUUGUCGUUCGACGUACGUGAUCUGUUCCUCGUGAAGCCACGUUUCGAUAUCGUGACAGGCUUUUAUUACUGCGACAUCGUAUCGAUGGCCUCUCCUACUAUAGCUGCUAGUGUAUUAGAUAGCCGUAUCCAAAUUAGUGCUCGAAGUCGAGAUAUCGAAUCGGUGGCUUUAGAACUCAUUUAUUUACCACCUGUAUAUGUUGAUGCCAAGGAAAUCGUAUUCGUUACCGCUCAAAGUCACAGCGCGCCAUUAACGACGUUUGAAGUAUAUGGAUUGCCAUCAGUGUUACAACAUCUCACUAUUGAUGUACCAGAUGGUGUAGUUGUCAUCUCGCAACAAUAUGUCUUCAAAUCUACAAUACAAUAUAAACUACGUUUAAUGAAUAAUCAGGAUGAAAUUCAAGGACAAAGAGUGUUCAUUGCAAAUGAUUUGACCAAACAAAAUGUAUCUCUGCAUAUUCGCGUGUCGAGAUAUCACUUUAUCCCUAUGUCUGGAGUGCAAUGGGUGAAUUAUAUAUAUUUCCACAGAUAUACACUCGGAACGUUCGCUAUUAUUGUGAUUACAAUUUUCUAUAUGUGGAAACAUAGAGUGGCGAGUAUUGAUUUAGCAGUCAGGAACAGAAGCAUUUUUGCUGAUAAAUCUCCACCAAUGUUGAAGAAGACGAUUAGUGGUCCAUGUACGACUCCCACUUCGACUGGCAGACCGUCAACUUCGCCAUUGAGACCAUUCUCAGCAUUCGAAUCGCCUGUUUACGGUGAUCCGCGUUGUUUCGGCACGCCUUCGGCAUACGCUAGAAGGACGUAUAUGCCAGAAAGAAUCAAAUAGUAUUAUGCUAUUCGGCAUAAAACGAAUGUAUAUUAAAUGUUUAAAUUAUUGACAAAGAUUCGUUAAAAAAAUAUUUGCACCGAUAUUAAGAAAUGUUCAAUAUUUCAAUUAGAAUACUUAAUUCGUUAGAUUCAUUAAAACAUGAAUCCGCGUUUUUUCGACAUGCUAUACGUAAAAAGAAGAGAUAUAUGAAAGAAUCGAAUAGUAUUAUACUAUUUGGCGUAAAAACGAAUAUAUACUAGAUAGUUAAAUUAUCGACAAAGAUUCGUUAAAAAAACGUCUGCUCCGAUAUUAAGAAACGUUCAAUAUUUCAAUUAAAAUACUUAAUUUGUUACAUUCAUUAAAACAUAAAACGGCUGACGAUUACACGUAAGAUUUGAUAUUUCAGUUAAAUUAUCUUCAUUCGUAAUAAAUGCGCAAUCGUCGCAAAAUCGUGCCUUAAAAUCAAAACUAUUGUUUUGUUAUAAAAAAUCGUUUAUUUAUUAUA